CAAGAAAAGAUCCAGAAUUUCCUAUAAAGUGCCGCUCUCAGUGCAUUCUGAUGAAAAAGUCCUUACUGAUGCUUUGAACAAAUCCAAGUCCAUCGGUCCUCGGGUCCAGACCCAUUGUUCAGAAUUUUUGAUAUAGCGCAAAAGCUGCAGAUGAUGACCCAUGAAUACGUGUGGCUCGCCACAGACUGGCUCUCAGUUACUUUAGAUUCUUCUUUAAGUGACAAAGGUGCUUUAAAACGUCUUGAAGGAGUAGUGGGGCUUCGUCAACACAUCCCAGAAUCCGCAAAGGUAUAUGAUGCAGCUGUUGGGGAUAUUGCAAUAGUCCCAAGCCGGUCCAAAUUAGUGGAUUUCUCGCAGCCAUAUGCUUCCACAGGCCUUGUGGUGGUGAUUCCAGAUAACGAUGACAAUGCAACUUGGAUCUUUCUGAGACCCUUCACCAUCCGGUUAUGGUGUGUUGUUCUAGUUUCAUUCUUGGUUAUUGCCGUAGUCAUCUGGAUCCUCGAACAUCGCAUCAAUGAAGAUUUCAGAGGGUCACCCGGAAGACAAUUGACCACAAUGAUCUUAUUCAGCUUCUCAACUCUUUUCAAGAGAAACCAGGAAGAUACGAUAAGCAAUCUAGCAAGACUAGUGAUGAUUGUAUGGCUCUUCCUAUGGAUGGUUCUAACUGCGAGCUACACAGCGAACCUCACCUCAAUCCUCACAGUUCAACAGCUUCCUUCUGCCAUUACCGGCAUCGACAGCUUGCGGGCAAGUGAAUUGCCUAUCGGGUACCAGGCUGGGACAUUCACAUUAGAGUAUUUAACCUACAGUCUUGGCAUGGCUCGCUCUAGGCUAGUCCCACUUGACUCGACGGUAGAGUAUGAAAAGGCUCUAAAGCUAGGACCAACCAACUGGGGAGGUGUGGCUGCUAUUGUCGACGAACUCCCUUACAUCGAACUGUUUCUAGCAGAACGAACAGGCUUCAAGAUUGUCGGAGAGCCCUUUAUGCACCGUGGUUGGGGAUUUGCGUUUAAGAGAGAUUCUCCACUGGCUAUAGACAUGUCAACAGCUAUCUUGAAACUCUCUGAGGCCAGGAAAUUGCAAGAGAUUCGAAAGAAAUGGUUAUGCAAGAAGAAUUGCGCAGAGAAAUCAAAUUGGAACCCAGAGCCAAACCAGCUUCAUCUCAAGAGCUUCAAAGGGUUGUACCUAGUCUGCAUUGCAAUCACAGUCUCUGCGUUUAUAGUGUUUGUUCUCAGGAUGAUACGCCAAUUUGUGUGUCAAGAAACUCUUGAUAGUGUAAUCUGAAUUUCUUAAGAAUCAAGCAAUACAGAGUAUAGCCUUAUAUAUUGGCUGAGAACACAA